AUGUCCGUGCCGAUGUUCGCGUCGUCGCUGCAGGCGGACGAGAACGCCGACGCGUUCAUGCUCGGCAUGAACUUCUUCUAUGAUCCGGACUCGUUCGAGUCACCCGCCGUCCUUGCCCUCCGCCAGGACACCGCCAAGUCCCUCCGCAGACUCGGCGCGAGGAUCUCGACUGAAUACGACAAGGAUGCCACGACGCACGUCGUCCUCAUGACCACCCAGGGCGGCGCUGAGGCCAUGCUCUGCAAGCGCGCGAUUAAGGAUAGGAAGCGCGUCGUCUCGUGGUCCUGGAUCGAGGCUUGCAUCCACAAGGGCGAGCUCGUGCCCAUCGACGACUGCGUCCUCUACCAUCCCCCGCCGACGCUCGACGGCCACCCCGACAUGGCCAACGUGCGCGUGUGCGUCACCGGGUACACGGGCGAGCGCAGGCAGCAGCUCAUCGACAUGUGCAAGUCACUCGGCUGCGAGUACAUGCGCGUGCUCGACCGCAAGUCGACCCACCUCGUGUGCUACGAGUUCGAAGGCGCGAAAUGGGCCAAGGCGAACCAGACGGGCCUGCAGCGCAUCGUGUCGCACAGGUGGCUCGAGGAGUGCCUGAGGCAGUGGAAGCGUCUCGACGAGACCCCGUACACGACGCAUAGUGGCAGGGAGGAGGACGAGAUGGCGGAGAUCGCGGAGGUCCCGGACUCGCAGGAUGUUGGUGAGGUUGGUGAGGACGGCGAGGGCGCGGUUCGCGACGACCCGGGGGGAACAGCUGGCGGGAGGAACAGCCUGAACACGUUCGUCACCGAGCUCACCGCAGGGAUGGCGCCCGCCGGGGAGGAGGAGGCACCGGCGACCGCACCGCGCAACACCGUGCUCCGCCAGACCGUCGACGCGCCCAGGACCGGCGGUACGGCCGCCACCGGGAGCUUCGUGCCGUCCUCCGGCGGCGGAAGCGGCGGGACCACCACCACCACCCUCAGCCGCGGCGGAAGCGGAAGCUCGGCGGGCAAGGGCAUGGAACCCCCCGCCCCCCGCGCCCCGCUCUCUCAGCGGGUGCCGUCCCAGCCCACCCCCGGCGGCGGAUCUGCCGUGCUCUCCCCCGACUGGAACGCGCUCGAGGCGCGCCCCUCGCAGCACAUCGAGCGAUGCGAUCGCAACAUGAAGGAAGAUCCGAUGAUCCGCAAGAUUCGCGAGUCCGGCGCGCGCCCGCCGCCGGAGCUGCAGCGUUUCACCGGUCGCAUCGGCUCGCCCACUGCGGUGGAGGCUGCGUUCGGCGGCAGGUUCAUCGACAGGCAGCCGCAGCGAUGGCACAGGUUCGAGGACCACGACGCGCCCCUCGCGGCGGAUUCGUUCGACGCCUUUGUCUCAGACGUCGCGAGCGGAACCUGGGACCCGCGACCGGACGCCGACGUCGACGACGAAACGCACCCGGCGUGGGCGGAGCGGCUCUUGUCGAGGAAGCAGCGAUUCGAGGUGCUCGAGUGGAGGCCCGACGACGUCCCAAUCGGGCUCAAGUGUGCGCCGCUGCGCGGGGGCGACCAACUGGCGUACCUCGAGGAUGAGACGUCCGAGGAGGAGGUAUCGCUGUGGACCUCGCUGGCGAGGGACGCCGCGCAGAAGCGCGACCGCGGGCCGCUCGGCGCGGCGGUCAUCUCGCGGCUCAGGCUGGAGUCCGCCAAGCAGCCGGAUGCCUCGUGGGAGGGCGAAGAGUCCCCGAUGCCAGGUCCCGACGCGCUCUGCGUCACCUUUGCGGAGGUAUACCUGCCCUUCGGUUUCCACAUGUCACACGCGCAGAUCGCUCGAAUGUACCGGCCGUGUGGCGACGGCUCGCGCAGGCUCCGGAUCCGAGACGCGAUGGACGUCGUGACCCUCCCGGCGCGGGUCCCGGGGAACCUCCCGGGCGUCACCGUGCACGAGGUUGAGCGCCCGCUGAGCGAGGUGCUCGUCGGGUUUCACGAGCUCCUCGCGGGUCCCACCGAGCCGGACAUGACGCAGGCGAUCCCGACGCAGGCGGCGCCCGGAUCCGGCGCCAAGACCCCCGCCGUGCCAAACGCCGCCGCCACGUGGAGCUUUGAUCUCGGCGCGAAGAUCUCCGUCGGGGCGGCGGCGCCGGGAUCGCGAGCGCGCAUCGCCGCGGCGGCGGCGUCGUGCUUCGGCGCGGCGGACACGCAGGAGGAGGAGGAAGAAGGCCUUGGGGAGGACAAGGGUCAGGAGGAGGAUGACGAGGGUCAGGAGGAGGAGGACGAGGGUCAGCAGGAGGAGGAAGUCAUCGUCGAGGCGCCCAAGACUGGCAGGAAGAAGAGCGACACGCUCUCUGCCGCCAAGGCUGCCGCGGCCGCCGUCCGAAGGGCUGCGAGCGAGGAAGAGGAGGCGAUCCACCGCGAUCUGGCUGCCGAGCUCGACGAGUGUAUCACCCAGAGGCAGGCUGAGGAGAAGGAAGUGGAGGAGGAGGAGGAGGAGGAGGAGGAGGAGGAGGAGGAGGAGGAGGAGGAGGAAGAGAUUAUCGUUCCCAGGCGUGGCCGCAACAAGAAGCUUGUGAUCAUGACCCAGGACACCGGCGACAAGAGCACCGGCGCCGUCGCGCCGGGACAGGAGACCCAGGACUGCGCCGGCGCACUGCAGGAUCUCGCACCCGCGCGUCCCAGGCGCGGCGGCCGCGGCAAGCCCGCCGACCCGGAGCCUGGCAAGGAGAAGACUCCUCCCAAAACAAAGGCUGCUCCCAAGGCUUUGCCCAAGUCUGUUCCGAAGAAGACGAACCCGCCCAAGGCCAAGGCUGCCCCCGCACCCAAGAAGCCCGCACCCAAGAAGAGGACGCGCGAGGAAAAGGCAAAGGAGGAUCGCACCGCCCCCCGCGUCGAGAAGGAGCGGCGACCCCGCGUCGCGCUCAGCGGCUUUUCAUCAUCCGACUUGACAAAGUACGGCUCGCUGGUGACGCGCCUGGGCGGAACCGUCAGCCCCGGCCACGGCUGGGACGCCGCCGCCACGCACGUGGUGUUCGGCGACCGAGGCGGACGCUCGCUCAAGUUCCUCGCCGCAGCCGCGUCAGGCGUGCCCAUCCUCGACGUGUCCUACCUGGACGCGUCCGGUAAAGAGGGCGCGCUGCUGCCGAGGGAGGAGGCUGUGGAGAGGCACCCGUGGAGGGGCGGCCGUGGCGCCGAGAUGGGCCUCCUGACCCCCGACGCCGCCGAGCGAUGGAACUCGACGCCCGGCCGCAGGGCGUUCGAGGGCCUCUCCGUCGCGCUCGCGCCGUUCGCGUCCAAGAACAGGGAGGAACGCGACAUGCUCGCCGCGGUGCUCAGGUGCGGCGGAGCCGUCGUGUCGUCCAUCUCCGCCAAGGGCGAACUCGUCCCCGGGGGAGCCGCGCCGGACGUCGCGGUGGUCGACCCGAGCAACACGGGCGACGGACUCAGAGGCAGGGCGGCCGGGGUCGUGGACGCGGUAGCGGGCGGCGCGUGCGUCGCGCCCGAGUUUUUCAAGUCGUGGCUCUCGCGACCGGGCGCGAAUCUCUCGCAGCACGUGCUGCACGGGAGCCUGGAAUCGGGGAAGCUCGCGGCUUCCGUUCGCGCGUCGCUCGGAGGCGUCGGGGCAGCGCCGCCCGCGCCGAACGACGCCGCCACGUCCAUCCCGACGGCGUCGAAGGCGAAGGCCAGGGCGAAGAAGGCGGCGGAUGCGACCGAUAAGGCCGCCGUGCCGCCUCCGGCUGAAAGCGGGAGGCGCAAGCGGAAGGCUGCGGCGGCUGAGCCACAGCCCGCGAGGUAUUCACGCAGGGCGCUGGUUGUCAAGAACUGA